AUGCGUUUCGUUUAUUCUACUGUUGCCUUGACGGCAACAGCUCUCGCAGUCCCGGUGACUGUUCCUUCUACCUAUCACCGUACUUCGACGGUCCCUGGGAAGGUUCUUGAGGCUUCCAACCCGGCUGGAGAUGGUCAGUUGACGGCUCGGACUUUCGGCCCAUUGAUCAACUGGAUCGGACAGCUUAAGGGAGGAAGCUCCUCCUGUGAGGAAUGUGCAGCUGGCGAAAGAACCGGCUCCGACAUGAGUGUCAGCAUUGACAGCAGUUCCGAGGAUUGUGAUGACGAGUCCUCCAGCAACGGGAACUCGAACAGCAACUCGAACAGCAACUCGAACAGCAACUCGAACAGCAACUCGAAUUCCAACAGCAACUCGAACUCGAACAGCAACUCGAAUUCCAACAGCAACUCGAACUCGAACAGCAACUCGAAUUCGAACUCGAACAGCAACACCUCUGGCAGCAGCACUGACAGCGGUAGUAUGCCCCCUGGUGGUAUGCCCCCCUCUGGCGGCACUCCUCCUUCUGGCGGUAUGCCUCCCUCUGGCGGUACUCCUCCCUCUGGUGGCACUCCUCCUUCCAGCGGCACCCCUCCCUCUGGCAGUACUCCUCCUUCUAGUGGUACUCCUCCCUCGGGAAGCACCCCCCUACUGGUGGCACUCCUCCCAGCGGCGGUGAUAUGGAUUGCGAGGAAGGUGACAGUUCCUGCACUCCCAGCGGCGAUGAUACAGAGUGCGAGGAAGGCGACAGUUCUUGCACCCCUCCCAGCGGCGGUGAUGCAGAUUGCGAGGAAGGCGACAGCUCCUGCACGCCCCCUACCAGCGGCACUCCUCCCACUGGUAGCACUCCUCCUUCCAGCGGCACCCCUCCAUCUGGCAGCACCCCUACUAGCGGCACUCCCCCUACCGGUGAUGUCCCAACUGGCAGCGGUACUCCCUCCCAGCUCUGGCACUGAAACUGGCAAAGAGACCGGCGAAGAGACUGGUGGCUCCCCUCCCACUAGCGGCACUCCCCCAACUGGCAGCACUCCUCCUUCCAGCGGUACUCCUCCAUCUGGCAGCACUCCCCCUACUAGCGGCACUCCCCCUACCGGUGAUGUCCCAACUGGCAGCGGUACUCCCCCCAGCUCUGGCACUGACACUGGCAUCACCACUGGCGAAGAGACUGGCACUUCUACUGGCGGCUCCCCUCCCACUGGCGGUAAGCCUCCUUCCGGCAGCGGUACUCCUCCCAGCUCCGACACCGAGCCCUGUGAAGUCUGCGAGAAGGGCAACAACUCUGGCAACAACUCCGGCAACAACUCCGGCAGCUCCUCUGGCAGCUCGUCCUCUUCCUCUUCCUCGUCGUCCAGCAGCAGCUCCAGCUCCAGCUCCAGCUCCAGCAGCUCCUCCAGCAGUUCAUCCAGCAGCUCCUCGAGCAGCUCCAGCUCCGGCUCGUCCAGCGGCAACCACGCCUCAGCCAACGCUUCUGGCCCCAACGACUGCGCCGAGUGCGAAGUCUCCGUAUCUGUCUCUCCUGAGGACUGCGAGGACUUCGAGUAA